GGAAGGAGCAGGGGUCCCUUGACAUUUUCUGCUCAAGUAUUUCUGGCCCAAGUUAUUUUCUUGUCGAGCCCUGUUGCCUGCGGCUGCGUCGCGCAUGGCAGCCAGAGUCGACUGCGACAUCCCGCGAUGGGGCUCGGCGCAUUCCUGCGGCGAGUCUCUCUCCGCCGCCUCUUGGGGGAGCACGCCUUCCUGUCUGUGGCAAAGUGGGGCGCCUCUAGAGGUGCGGCGCAGGCGCUUCUGAAGCUAACCGCGACACGCGUCGCGCUGGGGGCCGUCACGACUGGCGUCACGGGCGUCACCAUAGGCCAGCAGCUGCAGCAGGCCCGGGGCCCGCUCGACGGCGACGUUCUCUUAGCGGGGGGGGAGGUCGAGUGGGUCAACGCGGCCGCGAAACCCACUCGGCGACUACAAAGGGUGUGGCUACGCCGGGGUGCGGUUGGCGAUCCGGAUGGUUGAGGCUUGGCGGGCACCGCGUUGCUCUCGUCGGGCCUCCUCGGGGCGCGGCGGAGAGCUCUGUCGAGGUCCUCGCCCGCCACCCUGGGUGCCCCCCAGGGUGCCGGUUGCAAACCACACCCUUUGCAGACUACACCCUUCGGAGUCGCCGACCAUCUGGGACCACCUCAGCUAGAGGAGCAACAGACGGCAUGAGAGCUGGAGCCCGCCCUGCAGAGGAGGGUGCCUCUGAUCGGCAGGUACCUGAGCUUCAAACGGCUCUCCCUCGGCGACGCGGCGCCGCGCUUCGGGCCGGUCACCGUCACGCGCUGCGCGCGGGGCGCGGACGGGGUGGAGCUGGACGUCGGCUUCGAGUUCUCUGGGGACCUCGCGGUGGAGUUCUCGGCGGGCGUCACGACGGUCGAGGUGGCAGGCGGAUUCGCGGGUCCGUGCACGUCUUGCUGCGCCCUCUUGUGGACGCGCUGAACCCGUGUGGAGGCGUCACCAUCUACUGCACGGACCGGCCAACCCUUGAUCUUAAGAUCAGGGCGGGGAGCGAAUUGUUGCCCAACCUGUACGACCUGGUGCGCGACACCGUCGACGACGUCAUUGCCAGCAUCGUCGUGGUGCCCAACUGCGUCGCGGUGUCGAUCCCGACGCCAGGGUCACAGGACGCGGGGGAUUGGGUCAGCCUGAGGUACCCCCUGCCCACGGGCAUCGUCCGGGUCACCGUCGAGCAGCUGGUGGGCUCCCCAGAGGCGCCCGUCGCGUCGCCGUACGUCCAGAUGCACGUCGGCGCUGCCACGUGGCGAACGCCGGUGGGAGAGCACGCGGGCCAUGCCGCCAGCUGGGCCGCGGGCAACGUCCAGGACUUUGCCAUCUACACCGACAGCCAGUGCGUGGAGCUGCGGGCGUUCAGCGGGGGCGCGCUCAGCCUGGACGGCCUGCUGGGCCGCGCGCGCGUGCCGGUGGCCCGCCUGCUCGGCCACGGCGUGGAGGUGCCCCUCGAGCUGCCCGGCGGCGGGGGGUCCGGGCGCACGCUCGUUGUGCGUGGCGACCAGGAAGGAAGCACACGGUAGUUUCGUG